AUGGAAAGGUACAGGAUUGAAGUUAAAAAGAGGCUCUUUUACAAGGUGAAGGCAAUGUGUAAGGAGAGGAUUCAUGGGGGGUUUGGAGAGGCAUACUCACUACUGCCUAAGUAUGCUGAAAUGGUAAAAGAGACUAACCCAGGGAGCUAUGCUCUGGUCAGUUGGGGUGAAUCAACUGCAAAUCAGCCACCAAGAUUCAAGGCUUGUUUUUUUUCAUUUGCUGCCCAAUGUAGGGGAUUCUUGAGGGGUUGCAGACCCAUAAUUGGCAUUGAUGGAGCUCACUUAAGUGGACAUUUCAAGGGAAUCUUGCUGACUGCACUUGGGAUUGAUGGGAACAAUGAGAUUUUUCUCAUAGCUUAUGGAGUGGUUGGGACUGAGAGCAUUGACAUUUGGGGUUAUUUUCUAAGGAACAUGAAAAUCCUAUUUGACAAGGAAGGCUGCAGUAGAGAUGAUUGGACUUUCAUCUCUGACAGGAUGAAGGUAUUAACUGAUAGCUUUGCAUGUAAGGUGUUGACACGGCAAUCCAUGAAACAUUCCCUAGAGAAACAAGAAGAGUGUGUUGCCAGCACUUGUACACAAACUGCAAGGCCAAAGGAUUCAGUGGUUCAGCCUUCCAUAAGCUUUUCUGGAUUGCAGCAGAUGCAUAUAAUGAAAUCAUUCAACUCAUGCACACAACCCUACAGAGAUCUCCCUGUUCUGAGAUUACUUGAAGCAAUAAGGCAAUGGGAAAUGAAGAGGAUUGGCUCAAGGUUUGACAAAGCUAUGGGCAUGGGGGAUAUGGACCUAACUGAGUAUGCCACAAAUAUUCUGCAAGCAAGAUCAGAUGAGUAUAGGCUAUGCUAUGCAACACCUUAUGGUGGUGAUGAAUUUGAGGUUAGAGACCAACAUGUGCAUUUUCCCAUAAAGCUAAGCAGAGGCACUUGUGGUUGUGGGAAGUGGCAGCAUUCAGGGAUCCCUUGCAAACAUGUGCUAAGGGUUAUAUAUCACCAAAGGCUACAACCUACUGACUUUGUAGCUCCUUGCUUCAAAGGGAAGGCAUACAAGCUUACUUAUGCAGAGCAUAUGCACCCAGUGCCUGACCCAAGUCAUUGGCCAUCAGUUAACCUUCCUGAGAUAUUACCACCAAUGGUAAAAAGAUCUGCAGGAAGACCAAAAAAGAAAAGAAAAAGAGGGCCAAAUGAAGCUAGAAAAGGGAAGAGGCACUCUACAGUUAAGUGCAGCUUAUGUGGUGAACUGGGGAACAACAUGUUGACUUGUGCAUCUAGGAAAAAAACCUCAACAGCUGAAGCAACCACAUCAAAGGUCGCCUCUCAUCCCAAGAAGAAAUCAAAGAAAGCAGCAGCAUGA